AUGGGUUUGCAAGAGAAACCCCAAAGAAGUCAAAAGCCAGAGGAAAAGACUAUCUCAGAUGCUCAUGGACCCUCAUAUGCGCAGAAGGGCUUCGUUACUUCAGAAGGAAGUCCAUGGACUGUCAUCACGAUGAUCGAAGAUCGAGAUCGCCAACCCGAGCGGGAUCGGGAGGUCGUCCAAGCGACCUUGGCGCGACGGCGGAGGGCACGGUACUUCGAUCUGUGGGCACAGGUCUUUGAGAUGGAAUCCAGCAGCUUCUUCGCCUCGCAAAUCCUUGGUCGAGGAAAACUCAAGAGGAUUCUGGACCGAUGGAAGCAGCACACCACCUUCCAUGCUGGCUUUGCGUCACAGGUGCUGAAGACCUUGCAACAGUCGAACCUACAACGACUCCAACGUGCCUUCCGUGGAUGGCAAGAGAGGCUUCACUUGCGUCGUUUGGUGGCCGGCAUGUGGCUGUUCCGACGCCGAAGUUGGAUCAAUGCCGUGUUCAUGGCCUGGAACGACGAGGCGGUCAAGGCAGCCAGCACGCGCCGGCACCUGCGCAGCUUCUUCCAGGCCGUGCGCUACAGCAAGGCCAGCCGUGCUGGCUCGCUCCAGCGGAAGCGCGUGCAUGGACGUUUGACGGGGAAGGUCUUCCGGGCCUAUGCGACUUGGGUGAAGCGCGCCAAAGUCAUCCAGGCCCGCUCCACGCAGCUGAACCGCGCGGUCCGCGCCGGGCGGAAGACGCAGCGGCUCGGAGCUUGGGCGAUGUAUUGCCGAGCCUUUAGUGUUGCUUCUUCCCGUGCAGGAGAGAUUUUUCGAGCAUGGCUCGUGCAGGCACGCAGGAAGAAGGCAUUGACUUGGGCCUCGCGGUCGUUGGCGGCCGAUACCGUGCGCCACGCCUACACCGAGGGGCUUCAGAACUUGCGCUCCUGGGCGGUCUUCCGGCGCACCCUCCGUCAGAUGGUCGCAGGCGUGGCCAACCCGGCGAGGCCGCCGUUCGACCCUGCUCUCCUCGGUGCUUUACUGCUGGGUGGCGGCGCUGAUGCCAGCGAGGCGUUGCGGGCCGAGAGCGCACCGGGCCACUGGGCUGUGAACGACCCUUUUCAGAAGACUUUGGAGCGAGCGAGCUCGUUCGCUCUCACAUCGGAAGAGAUGCACGAGAAUCCUUGGUCGUGGAUCACUGAUAAUCUCAGUCUGGGACGAGCCUUAGGAUACCCAGCUUAUACCUUUCGCCGGCUUUUAGUCUUAGUCUCUUGUGUGCUGGGAGUCAUGCAGUACGGCUUGGUACUCACCAAUGGUGUCACGGUGAGCGACUUCAACAGUUACUACAACCUCACCACUUCGGAGGGGGAUUUCCUAUACGGCUGCAUGAACUUUGGGGCUUGCGCGUUGUCCUUCGUGCCGGGGCUUUGCUAUGACCGCUUGGGCUGCAUCCCAGCCAUGCUCUUGGGAACGCUGGUGGCAGACUGCGGAGUGCUGCUACAGCUGAUUUGGACACCCACCUGGCCACAGUUCAUCUCAACCAUGGGGGGUUUGUCUUUCUGCUACACCUGCUUCGGUUUUGCUUCCACCUUCUUCAACGUCAUCGGAUCCUUUGCCCCCUUGGCGGCCUUCUCCGUGAAGUAUGUGGGCAAAAUCUCUGCUUGCAUCCAGGUCUGUAUGUCCCUAGGCAUCACGGUCCAGACGCAGGCCUAUUAUUUCCUGAAACAAUUGGGCGGCGAUCCGAUUCAGAAUUACUUGAUCUAUGCCCUUGUUACCUUCAAUCUCGUGGGCCUUUUAAUGCCUCUCGCAUGCACUUGCUGUUUUUUUCUCCGAGGUCGUUCAUGCAAAAAUUCAUGUGAGUGGGGUGUGCAGAUGAAAAUGCUGUCUCCUAGGUACAGCGUGGAUUUUGCCUACAUGUUCUUGCUCUUUUGCAGUGCCAUUGGUUUUAGCUUCAGCUUCCUGAAUUGCCUGGGCCGUUUGGCGGCGGAGGCCUCGGUCAGCGGGACGGAGCUCUCCAGCGUCUUCGGUCUUGUGAACGCCUUUGGACGUUUGUUGGUGUGCUUGCCCCUGGACUACACGCGCAACUACCGAUGGGGCGGCAUUUAUGUCUACAUCUUCCUCUCCCUCUCGGUCUACAUCCUGGGCUUGCUACUGCUGGCUUUGCCUUCCCAUCCUGGUGCUUUUUUGGUGCGUGUGGCCAAUAUCUUCGCCUCACUAGGCUAUGGCGGACUGCUGGGCAUUGUCCCACCAGCCUUGCGUGUGACCUUCGGCACGCAACACCUGGGCAUCAUCUACGGGCUCCUAUACGUGGGCGUUGCCGUCUUCGAGCCCUUGUGGGGUCUUCUCUUCCAAAAGCCCCAGAACUGCAGCGGCGUCGAGUGCUACAAUCUCUACACCAGGACCAGUGCUGGCACUUUGCUCGUGACCUUGACUGCCACUUGGGCAGUCCUGAGGCACGACCAGCGACGUCAGCGACGCCAUCCCGCCUGCGAGCUGUUGCGCUAA